UAAACAGUGACAUUCUUUCAGUGCAUCAUGUGAUGCUGUGCUAGUAGUGGAAAGGAAGGGAGCCAGUUCAUUAGUGAAAGAGAGAAAAGAUGUUCUUUCUGGUAGUAUUGAUAGCUUUGAUUGGUUCCACUGCUCCUUGUGAGGUUGGUGUACCUCAUGAAUCCUCAACUCUUAAUAUACCAAGACUUGCUAGUACAUCUGGUCCACAAGUGUAUCUUGGAUUAGAGAAUCCUGCCUCUUGUGGAGGAUACCUAACAAAUUACACUAUUUGUUACUACAAUGCUAGAAGUGGGAGACCUGUCACAGAAGGAGAGUUAUCAAUAUGGGAAGCAGGCCCUGAACUAUUUGACAGAUUUAGAGUUUAUGACAAGAUUAUUGAAUCGGUUCUGGACCUCCCUUUUACAACUGAUAACGAUACAUCUUGUGGGAUUGGCCCUGUAGUGACACCAAUUAGUAAUGCACCAGGUCCUUACCCUGCUAGGGAGAUUGUGUGUAUGUAUUACUGUCUUCCAGAGACUUCAACAGUUCUUGUUAAACCUGGUAGUGUUGUUGGUAUAGUAUAUACUGAUGGAGUCAAAUAUAAUAACAGAGGUCAAAUGCUAACACGUCAUACAUUUCAAACUGCAGGAACUUGUGUUGGAAAUAGCCUCAGGUUUUCGCUAGGUGAUAUUGUUGGAGUAACCUGUCCUUUAGUACCAGCUAAUACUACCACUGGUCUACUAGCUGGAGCUGGUAUUGAGCCAAUUUAUUGUCCUGAAUUAUCUCUACAGUAUGGUAGCAUUAAUAUCUCUGGUCCUUACUCUUAUGGUACUGGCAUUGAAUACACUUGUCAGACUGGUUUCCAACUGGCUGGUGUUUCCAGUCAAACCUGUUUGUCCAGUGGAGACUGGAGUGAUGAAUUACCUUAUUGUAAUGUACUCAACUGCACUGACCCAGGAGUACCUAGCAAUGGAAGACGGCGUGGAAAUCACUUCACUAAUGGUUCCUUAAUUGAAUUCAUUUGUGACAAUGGUUUCACUUUAAAUGGCACUUCACUGAUCAUGUGUUAUCGUGGUAAUUGGUCUGCUCCUGUACCAGUGUGCAUUAGCAAUACACCUUCACCCUCCUCCUCCUCCUCUUCAUACUUACUCCCUACUACCUCAAAUACAAUUGCUAAUACUACUGCCUCUUCCUCUCCUUCUACAACUAGUGACUCGAAUCAAUUUGCUUAUCAGUUUCUGACGGCAAUCUUCAUUACAAUAAUUCUCCUCAUUAUAUUAGUGCUUGCAAGUGCUUUGGUGUUUUUGUAUGCUUAUCGGAAAUGUUUCAGGAGUAAGAGACGCUAUACAAUGACGGAUCCAAUAUCUUAUGCACAAUUGGAUAGGCCAUUGCUGGAGAACGAUCACUUAGAAGAAGUAUCGGACGAGAUUUAUGACAAAGUCAAAUCAGAUGAAGGUCCUGUAUUACCACCGCGUGCAGCCGUAAUGAGAUUCUCUAAUCCAGGUGAUACAGGAGGUAACUACUCUGAGAGAGAAGGAAAAGCAACUCCUGUUUAUGGUGGAGCUGUCCCUUAUAGAGGAGCAACUAAACCUAUAUUCAUUGAGAGAGGUGGGGGACCAAGAGGUAUUUAUGCAAGGAGAGAGAAUAAAGGACAAGAAUACAAUCACCCUCCUUCUGUACAAUCACUGCCUUUCCCAUCACCGAUUGGACAAGGUGGUGGACCAGGGAGCAGGCUUAGUACUCAGUCCUUUCCUGCUAAUCUGGGAUAUGGUGGCCAUUAUGAAGUGUAUAUACCUCAGGAUGAAGAUGAUGAUGAAUCCCCAUAUUGGGUGCCUGCUGAUUUUGAAGAUGAACUAUACCUGCAGUUAGAUCAGAUAAAAGUCAAGAAAAUACCAUCAGCUGAACUAAAUGUAAUGGAGAUCCUUGGUAGUGGUCAGUUUGCCUAUGUGAGUAGAGCACUGUGGACUAAACCCGAAGGUGAAUCCAUUGAAGUGGCAGUGAAGGUAUUAUCGGAUGAAGCUGAUGAGAAUGAUAAGAUUCGGUUCUUACAAGAAGCAGCUUUAAUGGGCCAAUUCACUCACACUAAUGUCCUAACACUCCAUGGGGUAGUCAGCAGUGAAGACACUACUAUAAUGAUCGUUAUUGAGUUAAUGAAAGGCGGAGAUCUACGUCACUGGCUCAUGAAGAGAAAAAGAGAGAAGAGCUAUCAAGCAAACAUUUUACUUAACUUCUGUAGACAGAUUUGUCUCGGGAUGUGUUAUCUGUCCUCAAGGAAGUUUGUUCAUCGUGAUCUUGCAGCGAGGAAUAUACUAGUGACUCAUGAUAAUAUUUGUAAAAUAUCUGACUUUGGCAUGUCUCGUGAUUUGACUGAAACAGACUACUACACAGCAAGUGAGGGUGGAUUAAUACCAGUAAAAUGGACGGCCCCCGAGGCACUCAAGUUUCGCAAGUACUCAUCAGCUUCAGAUGUGUGGAGCUAUGGUUGUCUCAUGUAUGAGAUAUGGAGUCUUGGACAUAAGCCAUUUGAUACAAUUAAGAACAAUGAAUAUAUGAAGAAGAUUAGUAGUGGAUAUCGCCUUCAACCUGUUCCUGGUUGCCCUAAAAUGAUGUAUGAGAUAAUGAUGAAGUGCUGGCAUCCUGAGUCAAAGAAGAGGCCCAGUUUUAAUGAGAUAAUGCUGUUAUUGUUGAAAGAUGAUUCCACAUUGUUAUUGAUACCAGAUGAAGAUAGACUCACUCAUUCUGAGGCUGGUCAGUUAGGUGGUCCUCUUGAAGCUGGGGAUAAGCUAUACACUGACCUACAGUCUAUGUACAUUGAUGAUGAGCAAUGAAGUGUAGAUGUCAUAUGUCCUUAAGAAGCUGGAAAUGAUUUUUAAUACUUGUUUGUGUAAACUGUUGUAUCAUAAUAAUUAUAUUUAUGAUAAUAGAUUGUUUUAACCUUAUGCUUAAUAUCAAUGAUGUGUACAUUCUA